AUGCCCGCUCUCAACACUCCAAGGUGGGGGUUGAACGAUACCUAUCGUUUUAUAUGGUCCUAUUUCGGAGGUAGCCUUCGCAAUAAGGCACCACUUCCCCAGAACCUCAAGCGGGUACGCGCAGGGCAGCGUUUGUCAGCAUCAUGUUUUCACGCUUCUCGACUCCAGCAAGCCCGUGGAUUCCACGACUAUUUUGUUCAAGCUGUUCCUCCGUCGUCGCAACAUCCUGAACAGAAAGAGAAGCAAUAUGUUCGAAUUCCCCUGAAGUCUGCGAAACAUCAUUUCGGUGUCCAUACUUCGCGGGGAGAACGUGGCUAUAAUGAGGAUACAUGGCAGGCUGGCAUUAUUGAUCUCCCGGCCUUUGGGGACGGCAGGACACAUUCACCACAGAAAGAACCAGUAGUUCAUGACCCUGAUCAUCCCACUAAUUCGGUAUUCUACUUCGGAAUAUAUGAUGGUCAUGGGGGAGAUACCUGCUCUAAAUUCCUGCAAAAACAUUUGCACGACUAUCUAGAAGCCACAUCGAAAGCUUUUGGCCUACAGCCACCUCCAAACCCGCCAAAAUUUAUCACCAAGAGCGAAUUGAUACACAUGCAAAGUAAUUUGAAUGACUCUUGGAGACAUAUAGUUGGUGGGUAUUUCCAGCGUUUCAAGCCGGACUAUGAUUCCUCCCACGACCACCUUGGACAUAAGGUAGAGAGGCCAAAACCCCGGAAUGUCCACGAAGAACAACCACCCACCCUCGAAAAUUUGUUAUCAUAUAGCUUUCUAAGAGCGGAUCUCGACUUCAUCAGUGGCGACGGAUUAGCUUCGUAUCUCUCCCAGAAACGACCUCCUAACACUUCGGAUGACGCUGCACCCGCCAUUUAUGAUCUCCAGAACGCUUUGGACGAUGUCAACGGUUCUUACACGACACCACCAAUCAAGUCUAUUAAGCGUGCAGAGGUAAUCUCGUUCAAGGGUGGGUCAACGUGCUCUGCGGCACUUAUAUCCAUGCCGGAAGGCGAAAGCCCAUCCAUCCCAUUCUGGCACCCACAGGCCGAACCGACAAUCAUGACAGCUCAUAUCGGUGACACUCGUAUCCUCGUAUGCGAUUUAGCUGGUCAACCAUACCCGUUAACCACAAACCACCACCCAUCACUACCCUCCGAAUCCAAACGAUUGCGAAGGUAUGCCGCAGCUUUCGUCACAGACUCAUUUGGUGAAGAACGUUUCGGCGUCCUCGCGAACACUCGAGCCUUUGGUGACGUCAAGCAGAAACGUUUGGGAGUCUCUGCGGAACCUGAAAUCUGCCGUCUAACCGUCCGCAAUAAGGGAGAGUUCUCCUUUAUGGUACUUAUGACGGAUGGUAUUAGCGGGACAUUGAGUGAUCAAGAGGUAGUUGAUAUUGUCGGCGACAGCAGGACACCCGACGAGGCAGCUAAAGCUUUGGUUGACUAUGCAUGCACGGUGACCAAAGAAGGCGACAAUGCAAGUGCCAUGGUGGUGCGGCUGGGAGGCUGGGAGAAGCGAGCACCGGGAGAUCAUACUCGAGAUCUUCGAGAAUACAGAAGAAAGGAAGCUGAACAAGUUCGGAGUAGGAGAAUGUAA